AUGGGGAAGAAAUCGAGUCAAUCUUCCAUGAAAAUAUCCAAAAACGACAAGAAACGACAAAGUAUUAUCAACAAUUUGAUCAAGAAUUUACGUCCCAAAGUUUACAUCAUAGAUUCUUCAAACUUCAAGAAUCUUGUUCAAGAACUCACCGGGAAUGGGAAUGGGAAUGGGAAUGGAAAUGGAAAUGGAAAUUCUCCGAUCAUGGGCUCAUCUCCACCUCCUCCUCAUGCAUCUACUUCCCCGCCAGUAGAGAAAGUUAGGGCAAUUAUAGAUAUCGAAGAUCAUGCAUAUCAAGAAAAUAGCCUCGACUUUUCAUUUGAUUCAUCAACAUGUUUUAGUACGCCAUCAGAAAGCCCUGAUCCACAAUACCGCGUGCCAGAACCUAUGAAUUAUUUAUUAGAAAAUUCACAGAACAUCGAUUUCCCAUCACAGUAUGGGGCUAUAGAAUCACUGCUAUUUGAGAUGGAUCAAAUUUCUAAUUACACUACUGAUGAUCCAUGCUAUGCAAUGAUUCAGCAAGAGGUUCACAUCUUUGAUUACAAUUUCUCUGGCUUGAUAUGA